AUGGAGAAUGAUAUCAACUGUGAGUCAUCAUCCUCUGCCUUUACUCUUCAGAGUUCUUCAGAGACAAUUUUUUCUAUUCAGCUGUUAGAUUUCAAAACAAGUUUACUGGAAGCAUUAGAAGAAUUGCGUAUGAGAAGGGAAGCAGAAACCCACUAUGAAGAACAGAUUGGUAAAAUUAUUGUGGAAACGCAAGAACUUAAAUGGCAAAAUGAAACUCUUCAGAAUCAAAAGGAAGCAUUAGUAAAGCAACACAAAGAGGCAACAGAAGUUUUGAAAAAGCAGUUGCAAAUGAAGAUGUGUGCCUUGGAGGAAGAAAAGGGAAAAUACCAGCUUGCUACAGAAAUAAAAGAAAAAGAAAUAGAAGGAUUGAAGGAAACAUUAAAAGAGUUACAGGUUUCUAAAUAUUCUUUGCAGAAGAAAGUAAGUGAGAUGGAACAAAAGGUUCAGUUCCAUCUUCUGGCUAAGGAAGAUUAUCAGAAGCAGGUAAAUGAGAUUGAGAAAUACUAUGCUGUGGUAACACAUCAAUUUGGAUUGGUGAAAGAGAAUCAUACAAAGUUAGAACAAAAUGUACAAGAAGCAAUACAAUUAAACAACAGACUUUCAGCUUUAAAUAAGAAGCAAGAAUCUGAAAUAUGCAGUUUAAAAAAGGAAUGGUGACAGCUCCAUUUCUGCUAGUGUGUAUCCUGUCCACUCCUUUGGAAAUAAAUCAUCAAACCAUGCUAACUCAUGAAUGCCAUGUUUGCUUAGCCUGUUAAUGCUUUAGAUCUAAAGUGUCCUGCAAAAACCUUGUGUAUUCAGAGGAAGGAUGUUUUGAAGGUGCCUGCAUUGUGGGGAACUGUGCUCAUGAUGGAUUCGUCUCUUGAUGAGUUCAUAGCUGAAUAUGCUGUUUGGAGGUAGGGCCUGACCAGAAGAGCUGGCUUCCUGGGGUGUGACUGGAAGGCUAUGUUCUUGUCCCUGGCUGCUCUCUUCACUCUCUGCCUGGCUGCCACAGAUUGAGCAGCUUUUCUCUCCCAUGCAUUUCUACAUGCUGUAUCUGUGUUGGAGCCAACCAACCAUGGGCUGAACCCUCUCAGACUAUGAGACAAAAGAAAACUGUCUAUCUCUAAGUUGUAGCUAUCCGGCAUUUGUCCCAGGAAUGGAAAAGUAACUAGUAAAAGGCUGUAAUAUUAAUAAGGCCAAGGUUAUGAAGUUAAUUACUGUCUAGGUUACUUGACUUAAGACGGAAAAUUGUGUUUCAGAAAUGUAAGAUUUACCCCGUUAUGGUUUAAAGCUAAAAUAUCCCCCAGAAGUCUGGUGUUCAGAGAUGAGGCUUUUGGAAGAGAGUGGAUCACGGAGGCACUGUAUUCAUCAGUGACCCAUUGAAAAGUUCACAAUUGUUAGAGUUGGACCAUGGCUAGAGGAAGUGGGCCAUGGGGUGUGGCCCAGGAGGCAUGUAGGCUUAUCCUUGGCUCUUCCUUUUUCUCUCAGCUUCCUAGCUGACGUGGGCUGGGAAUCUUUCCUACACCAGAUCCUUCCACUGUGUGUUUCUUUCUUGAAGCCAGCCAGCCUAGACCAAACACUUUGAAACUGUGAGCCAAAAUAAACUUUCUUCCUUUAAGUUGUGGUUGUUGGAUAUUUUGUCCCUGUGAUGGGAAAGCGACCAAUGAGAGGCUGGGGAUUUAGCUCA